CCCAUGACUAACCAAAAGAAAAAUUUCUUUCCAAGGUUUCUUAGCUUUCAAAUAAGCACAUGUUAGUAGCCAAAGGAAUGUUGACAAAGCAUAUUACUCAUAGAAGGGAAACCUGAGAGCAGAACUUGUCCAGCAGAAUGGAGAAUUUGUUAAAUCAAAUGAGGGUGCAAUUUUCUAGUGUGGAGCAGGACAAAGCUGAUGGCACUGGGGAUCAGAAAAUACCAAUACAGAAAACUCAAUCUUUCAAAGAGAGGAAAAAGGGCCAGAAUUGGUUGCAGAAACAGUUUGUAAGGAAAUCGAGUCGUGGUGAUGAUGAUGACUCCAGAGAACUGGAGCAUGCUGCUGCUGUAGCUGCUGCUGCCUUAGCAAUUAAUCAGCAUGAAUAUGAGGUCUCUAAACAGAAGAGUGAGAGCCCGAGGGCCUCAUUGACCAAGACCAAAAGCAAGGAGGAUAGGGGAAAAUCUUCAAUUUCCCUGCUUGGAAGUUCAUCCAAGCGAUUCUCAGGUUCAUUUAGAUCCAGGGAUGAGCAAGGUAAAAAGGUGCCAAUAUCCUCACCUACAGAAGAAAAGAAGCCUGAAAAGGCCAUUACCCUUGCACCAUCAAUGAAAAGGACUUCAACUGGUAAAAGACCUGAGACCUCAGCACCAAAAAUUCCUCCACCACCGCCGCCGCCUCCACCUCCACCAAUUAGGCAGGCUUCAAAAAAGCCUGGCCCUGUACCUAAGACUCCAUUGAGACCAAGCACUCAAGAAACACCAAUUAGGCAGGCUUCAACAAAGCCUGGCCCUGUAACUAAGACUCCAUUGAGACCAAGCACUCAAGAAACAAAAGCAGAUGAAUGGGAGAGAACCGAGCUUGACAAGAUCAGACAAAGGUACGAGAAAUUGAAAGAGACAAUAGAUUCAUGGGAAAACAAGAAGAAGAUGAAAGCCAGACACAAGCUAGUUAAGCAAGAGAGUGAACUUGAGCGGAGAAGGUUCAAAGCUUUGCAGAGUUUCCAAAAUAAGAUGACGAAUGUAGAUAAAAUUGCAGAGGGGGCGAGAACCAAGGCGGUGGAAAACCGAAAGAAUGAAGAGCUAAAAACAAAGGAGAAGGCAAAUGCAAUUCGAACAACAGGCAAGCUGCCAGGGAUUUGUUUCUGUUUCUAAGAUCACCAACUACAUAACGUCGAUGGGUUUUGGGAACAAAAAAAGAUCUAAACAUUUGUUUCAUAGUUCUAUCUUGGUCUUCAUUUCUAUUGAAACAUGACAUGUUAUGAUAAAAAUUGAAAAAAGAAAAACUGUAAAGUUGAGCAAAUGUAUGAGUUACUUCUGGUGUGAAA